ACUUUGGCGCCAUCAUGUGGCAUUUUAGAAUAUAAGAGAAAAAAAAACCCACCAAAAUAAUUUACAAGUACACUGGAGGAAAAACCACACCAGUACAGAGUCGAGACCCUAAACUCCGAACUACAAGGCGGACCUUUCUAAGCACAUGACGUCAUGCCCUUGCUGAUCUUUGGCAUCACAAACAAGCACACUGGCAGUGCAAUGGAAAUGAGUUAUAAUAACAAUGUACCACUUUGCAUUUGGGGCAAAAAAAACAAACAAAAAAAAAAAAAAACAUCACACCUGCUCAUUUGGUUUCUGCACCUGGCGGCUGUUUCAGGAGGCAGACCCGUAAUCAUAGACGAAAGCAUUUUGAAGGGAACAUAUCAAACUAGAUUCGAAAAUGUACAUUUUGGCUCACUGACUUUUUCAGACAUCCGCACGAUGGAUUCCUUCCAAAAACCCAAUACUCUUGAUGAAAUAGAUGAACACUGCCAAAACCGAACUUGGGACCAGAUUUGGUUAUUCGUCAAUAUUUUCGUCCUGGUCGUAGGUGGAAUGGGCAACGGCAUUUUGUUUUGGUUACUUCACCGGGAGAUGAAGUCAAACUCUGCUUCAAAGGUCAGUUGAUCGCAUUUCUGUCAUUUUGCUGAUGUUUUUUAGGAGUUUUUUUUUUGCUUCUUAAAUGGAAUUCACACCAAAAUCUGUCUCCCAGGUCCUUGGUCUGAACCUUGUUGCGAUGGAUUUCAUGUUCAUCAGUUUUUUGCCAUUCGCCUGUGCUUUUGAUCCCUACAUGAGUCUGACAAAUACGACAGGUGAGCAUGCUUGGCCAAAUCAAAUUUUCAACAUUUGGGGAAAGCCAUUUUUUGAAGAGACUUAAUAUCCAAGCCCAUUUAUUAGUACAGUAAACCCACCUCGAGCUAUGAUAUAUCAUAUAUUUAUGAUAUAAUGAUAGAAAUGCCUUCUUUAAAUAUUCCGUUGUCAUCUUUGAGAGCAUUUAUGGGCACAAAAGACACUUCAAAAGAAGACAUUUAAAAAAAAACAUUAAGAGAGAGCAAUGGAUAAGAGAAAAAUAUUGUACAAACAUUGCAACAGUGUACCGGCGUCUCGAUGGAAUGGAAUUAAAUCACAUUGAAGGUCAUUGCACAUGUCACAAGACAUAACGGCCUGAUUUAAAUCAAAUCACAGCAAACUUAGCAGAAUCAGAGGUGUCAAAUCCAGGUCCAGAAAGUAAAAAACCUUUGUCACAGUUUAGCUUUAGGCGCAGUUGCUUCUACUCAACGAGAUCGAACUAGGCUGAGCUAGAAAUGCUUCCUGACACUAUGCCACCAUCUGUUGGCCAACAGUGCAAUUACACCCAACAAAAACAGGACAACACAAAUCGACCGCAAAAUGGCAAGACCGUGUGAACCUGCGAGUGUUAACUGCUUUCCAGAAACCAAGCUUAUCUACCACACUUCCAUCAACGUGUCGGAAAACGUGUUUGGAAUGUUCAACGUGAUCGGCUGUCCCUUGCUGUUGACCUGCAUGUGCAUCGAGCGCUACCUGGCCGUAGUCCAACCCGUGUUGUACCUGAAAGUGCGAAAGUGGGAGUACCGCGUAGCCGUGUCCAGUGUGGUGUGGCUACUCACGUUUUCCUUCUGCCUGGCUUCGGGUAAGCUCUGUUUGAGUCAUGGCAAAUUAUGGCGAGCAAUCCUAAGUGUUUUGUUUUACGCAGGUAUUAUCAACGACCUGUCUGUCAUGCUCGCGCCCGUGUGCAUCGUCAUCUCGUGCCUCUUCCACGUCAUGUUUGCCAGCCUCAUGGGCGUGGUCCUGUCCCUUCGCCAACAAAGCCCAGCGUACACGAGCGCCAAUCAGGCCGGCUCGCCGCUAAAGAGACGGGCGGCGGUCAACGUGCUGACGGUGGUGGUGCCCGCCGUGAUUGCCUACACGCCCGUUUGCGUCAUGCUGCCUUUGCUUUUUUUGACCAUUUAUAAUCGGCUGGAACUAAGCCGAGUGGCGUGUGUUGCUUAUCAGUUCUGUCAGAUGUUUCCAAGGCUCGGCGUGCUGAUAGGGCCUUUGUUUUACCUCGCCAAGGCAAAGCAAAUCUUUUGUCUGACGGGGAAGGCGAGCAGCGCGCGGGGAAUCGUGUCAUGAGCGCCUUUGGGGUUUAUAUUCUGGUGAGAGUUGUAAAUCUGUGACGCAGAGAUG